UGUCUUUUUCUCUUUUUAAGGGGAACAUGCUGUUUCUUCAUAUCUUCUUUUCCACCAUAAUUGUCACAUUUGUUUCUUGUGAUGAAAAUGAAAUACGGUUAGAGCAAGAUCUAAUGAGAAACUACAGCAAAAGCAUCCGACCGUCCCAAAACCAUAGAGAUCGUCUAGACGUUUUGCUGGCAGUGUAUUUAGUCGGUAUUGUUCACGUGGACGAACGUGAUCAGGUGCUAACGUUCAGCUGCUGGUUUCAGAUGAAGUGGACAGAUAUUAAUCUAAGUUGGAAUCCCGAAGAAUACGAUGACGUAAAAGUUAUCCAUUUUAAUCAUGAUCAGAUCUGGAAGCCGGAUAUCAUUAUGUAUAACUCGAUUGAAUCAAGCACGGGAUCUUCAAGCAGUACAAAUAUUCCGGUUGAUUAUAAGGGACAAGCAAUAUGGUGGUCACGGUGGAUAUUUAAAAGCACGUGUUUGAUGGAUAUUCGAUAUUUUCCUUUCGAUGUACAAGAAUGUUUCCUAGUUUUCGGAUCUUGGUCAUUUGACAAUACUGACAUAUAUGUUAUUCCUGACAACCCAGACACGGGCCUAAGUCAAUAUCACCCAAAUUCGGAGUUUGAUCUCAUAAAAUAUACUUUUGAUAAUUACACAUGCCGAAUGGACGAAUCCGUUUCUUUACAUAAAAUACACGAUAGUUUUAAAGCGUAAACCUCUUUACUAUUUGUUCAAUAUUUUGAUGCCGACAGUUUUACUUAUUAUCAUAUCGCUUAUUGGGUUCUUCGUCCACGGAUCGGAUGAGAAAAUAUCAACUGGACUAACUACGUUAUUGUCUAUGGUUGUUUUACAAAUGGUUGUGGCCAAUAGCCUCCCUCCAGUGUCAGAUGCAAUUCCUCUCAUAAGUUUAUAUUAUGGGAUAUCAACCUUGCUUAUCUCCCUUUCUAUAAGUAUCAAUGCAGUAACUCUGAACGUCUAUCACUAUGGAGACAAUGGUAGUCAAGUUCCAAACAUUCUUAAAAGAAUCUGCUUUGGAUUCCUGUCCCGAAUUCUCUGCGUCUCCAUCUCUGUAAAAGAAAAACCAGAACAAAAGGAUCCAGAUAUUCAGAAAGGACAAGACUACAGGCCAGAGGAAACAGAGGGUCAUUUUCUCGGGCAUCGUGUCAAUGAAACACAAAAUAUCAGAGCAGAACAACACUUCCCUAAUGGAAAAAUUGACACAUCCAUUCUUGAAGAAAAAUUGCAGUUGAUUCUAAAAAAUAUUAUCCUGGAAAACUAUAAGCUAGAAGGUCCCGAGGCCCUGAAACGAGAAUGGCAAGGGCUAGCCUGCGUCCUCGAUAGACUGUUUCUUGUUAUUUUCUUAAUUAUUUAUGCUUGUUUGACAACGUCUUUAUUUUACAUCAAAGUUGAUGCCCCAAUAUAAGCAAAAAUUAUGCUUACAA